AUGAUGAACCGCUCGCUUUUCCGUGCGGCUGUCCGCUCGGUCCAAGGAAGCCGCACUGUCGCUGGUCGUCGAUGCGCGUCAUCCUCCGCAGUGUUCAAUUGGGAGGACCCCCUCGCCUCUGCGGAGCUAUUCACGGAAGAGGAGUUGGCCAUUCAAGAUACCGCUCGACAGUACUGUCAGGAGCGAUUGCUACCACGAGUUCUAGAUGCCUACCGGAAUGAGGACUAUGAUCGCAAGAUCCUGGAGGAGAUGGGCGAGAUCGGCCUUUUGGGUGCUUCGAUCGAAGGAUACGGGUGUGCCGGUGUCAGCACCGUGGCAUCUGGGUUGAUCACCAAGGAGGUUGAGCGAGUGGACUCUGGAUAUCGUUCAGGGAUGUCGGUCCAGAGCUCAUUAGCCAUGACAGGUAUUUACGAAUUCGGCACGGACGAACAGAAGCAGAGAUUCUUGCCUGAACUAGCCAAGGGUAAGCUUUCCGGAUGUUUUGGUCUGACGGAGCCAAAUCACGGCUCUGAUCCCAGCUCUAUGGAAACGGUGGCGCGCGAGCACCCAACUCAGAAGGGGACGUAUUUGUUGACAGGCAGCAAAACCUGGAUCACCAACUCCCCAAUCGCAGACUUGGCGUUGGUCUGGGCGAAGCUGGAAACGACAGGGAAGAUCAAGGGAUUCCUCGUCGAGCGAUCACGAUGCCCACCAGGUACUUUUGAGACACCCGCCAUCAAGAACAAAAGUGCUCUCCGAGCGUCCAUCACCGGCAUGAUUCAAAUGGACGACUGCCCCGUCCCGGCAGAGAACAUGUUUCCCGACGUGGAAGGUUUGACGGGCCCAUUCACAUGUCUCAAUAGUGCUCGCUUGGGAAUCGCUUUCGGCACGAUGGGCGCGCUGGAAGACUGUCUCGCACGGGCCCGAGAGUACAGUCUCGAGCGAAAGCAGUUCAAGGGCAAUCCUCUGGCGAAGUACCAGCUGGUCCAAAAGAAGCUCGCUGAUGCGGCCACGGAUGCUGCUUAUGGCACGCUGGCUGCUGUGCAGGUGGCUCGCCUGAAGGACGCCGGCAAAGCCACGCCUGAAAUGAUCUCCAUGGUCAAGCGUCAGAACUGCGACCGGGCCUUGGCCAAUUCUCGAAUUCUUCAGGAGAUUUUCGGAGGCAAUGCAGCCAGCGACGAAUAUCAUAUCGGACGUCAUGUCGCCAACUUGUUUGUAGUGCAAACAUACGAGGGCCAGAGCGAUAUUCAUGCUCUUAUUCUCGGCCGCGCAAUCACCGGCAAGCAGGCCUUUGUUUAA